AAAUUACAGAUGACGUUAAAAAGUUUUCCACGCGGAGGACGCAAACCCCUAAAAAAUUUGCACGCAAAUAAUGAAUUGAAAAAAAAGCCAAGAUCAAAACUAAGAGUCCACAAAGACAAUUUAGCUGUAACCAAUUAUGAAGAUUCGCAUACUAUAAAUAUAUUGGCAACAUCAGCGGACUGUUUGAAUUAUACUACAUUAACGCAAGGAAUGGUUGUUCUGGGUCGUAUUCGAGAGGCCAGGGAUUAUGACUUGAUUAUAUCACUCCCUGGACGAUUAAUCGGUCGAUUGGAGCUGACAGACAUCAGCAAUUCGUACACAAAGUUAUUGCAAAGUAUGAUCAGUGUACAAGAUGACAAACCUGAGGGUUAUAAACCACUGACAGAAUUAUUCAAACCUGGUGACUACUUGGUCUGUUAUGUUAAGCAACUACACUUGAAAGAGAAGUGGAGAGUCUCUUUGUCCCUGGAACCAGAACUUAUAAAUCAAAAUCUGGAUCGUACUCGGAUCAUUAAAAAAUCGAAGAUUGUUGGCACUGUAUCAAGUAUUGAAGAACAUGGCUAUGUCAUUGACACUGGGGUUGCUAAUCUCAGAGCAUUUCUAACUUCUCAAGAUGUUGAUGAAGGAAAAGAAUACUUUAUAGGACAGCAACUCUUUCUGGCAAUUAAAACCGUUGAAACAUCAGAGUCAGCAUCGACACUCAAGUUAUCUGCAAAAUCAAAACACAGCAGUAAAGCAGUUCCUCAGGAUACACAGUUAUUGGAUGCUCUAGUACCUGGAACAAAAUUAGUUCUCACCAUCAAAAGUAUUCUGUCAAACGGAUUGCAGGUGCUGUACAAUGAAAGUAACAUUGGUUACAUCAAUCAGAUUUAUUUGGAUAAUCCCCUAUCUUCGUAUGAGACAGAUGAGUCUGUCCAUGGUACGCUCUUGUAUGUUCUGCCAACUGUAAAAUUUGCAUAUUUUAGUUUGUUGACGGAAGAAAGAGAAACUGAAACACUGAACAUUGGUGAUAUUAUAACCAACGCGACAGUAGUGUGCAAGGAGCAGAAAGGCAUUCUCCUAGAAUUACGAAGAAAGUUGAGGGGUUAUAUACCCAUGCGAAGAACGGAAGUUGACUUUGAGAAGAUUAAUUCCACAUUUAAACCCAAAUCUAAACAUAAGUGUCGAGUAUUGAAUUACGACUGCUUUGACAGAGUCUAUAUUUGCAGUAUGGAAAAGAAUAUUUUGAACGAGGAAUAUUUUACGGCUACUAGCUUUGCUCCUGGAGAAUUGGUGACGGCAGAAAUUACAAAAAUUGAUAUAGCUUAUGGAUCUGUCACAUUAAAAGUUAAUAAAAGCAAAGGGUAUGUGCCCCCCGAACAUGUGUCUGAUAUUGGUAAGAAUAUGAUAUAUGAGCUCAGAGUUGGCCAGUCUGUGAAAGUAAGAGCUUUAAACCGUGAUGAUCAGCGAAAUAGAGUUUUGUUCACAAUGAAGCAGUCAUUAGUUGAUAGCAAUUUACCAAUCUUGAAUAACAUUAAGGAUGCAGCUGUCGGUUCCCAGCAUCAUGGCACCAUUGUGCAAGUAAAAAAGACUGGACUUUUGGUCAAAUUUUUUGGAGACUUGAAGGGUUGGGCCCUUCCGUAUUUGCUUGGCUGCAAAAGAACUGAGAUUAAGCAGAAAUUUUCGAUCGGCCAAGUAGUUCCUGCAACAAUUGUGGCAAUAGAUAAAAAAGAAAAUAAAAUGAGUCUGAGCUUGAUCGGCAUACAGAAGAAUACUAAUACUCAAUUACAUGUCGGUGAAACUGUCGAUUGUAUCAUCACAGAAUCUUCUUCACAAGGAGUGCAUGUCGAGAUUCAUUCCACACGUGAUGACCAGGUGAUAGAAACUGGGUUUCUGCCAGCCGCACAUAUGUCGCCAUGCUUGGAAGUAGCAAGCUUAUUAGCUGCCAGAUGCACUCCAGGGGAUAAAAUAAGAGCCACUGUGUUCUCUACUACCCCAAGUGUAAUUUUGACUAAAACAUUCGUACCACUUGAUGAAUUAACAACUUUUAAAAACCUAAGAGUUGGACAUUACUUACCGUGUUCUGUCAGAGAGAUAGGUGAAAAUAGUAUGAAGGUCCUCUUGCCUAUUGAUGAUUACAGUGAACUUGGUGUUGUUCCUUACGUUAGAUCAUCCGAAUUAGAAUCGAUUUAUGUCAAUCAAGUGCUAUUUGGAAAAAUUAUUGCCAUUGACGAGAACAAAAGAAAAAUUGAGUUGCAAACCGAUUUAUAUGAAUUGUGGAUGGAUUCUGUGAAUCAAAACACUGAAAUGACUAAUGCGGUUGAUACUUUGGGCUUCUACCUCACAAAAGUUCAAGAGCUUUCAAAUUAUGAUUUUUACCAAAGUAGGCCGAUAUCAAAGGUUAGUUUGGGGCAACGAGUAUCUGGUAUAAUUGAAAAAGUUACUGAAGAUGGCCUUGUUUUACUAUUAGACAAUGAUUUACAUGGUACAGUGCGUAAAGAUCAGUACAAAAAGAAUUUUAAAGUGGGAAAUAAGGUUUCUGGUAUAAUUAUAUGGCUAAAUUAUGUCCACGAAAUUGUUGAGGUAACACUCAAAACCACAGUGGUAAAUUACAUCACUACUCAUAAAAGUGACUCACCUUCCAUUCCCAUGGAAACAAAAUUGAAAGGGGAAAUAAUUUUGGUCACGAAUUGGUUCAUCCUUGUCAUUUUAAAAGGGCAAGGGAAGGGAAGAUUAGCUGCUCUUCCAGCCCGAAGACACCUCAAUGAUGUCCAACCUGACUUACGACCUUACUUUAUCGGAGCAAAAGUGAAUUGUUACGUUAUUAUAGAAGCUGUUGAGUCUGGUCUGUUACCAAUUUGCGUCUUAUCAUCGACACUCGAACCAAGUAAGUUGAAUGCAAGUGCGAAAUAUCAGGAAGGUCUAAAAAAACGGAAGAAAGACGAUGCACCCAAAGUAAAUUUACAGGCUAAGAAGGCAAAGUUGGAUCACAAGGAUUCAUCUAAAGAUGCUGACCAUGUAACUGUUAACGAAUCCAUAAAUGAUGAUAAUUCAACAAGUCUGACGAGUAAAAAGAAAUCUAAAAAAUUGAAGAGGAAAGUCACUACAGAAGUUGAACCAAAAACAAAUGUCGAUAAUGAAAUAAUUUGGAACAGCAGCUGCGAUAAUGGAGGAAUCAAGAAUAGCAUACCUGGAAUUGAGCCGAAGAAAAAGAAAAUGAAGGAAUCUAAAACAGAGGAAUCGAAUGAAAAACAGAUACCAAAUUUUAAUGAGAGACAGGAAGAAAAAGCGAGUGAUGAAAGUUUGAAACCAGAUGAUCUAAGCAUUCCUGCAUGUGGAUUUUAUUGGGAUACUGAACCUACACCUCAGGAAGAAUUAGCUGUUGAGUCAUCAAGCGACAGUGACGAAGAAGCAGAAAGUCCACAGAACCAAAAGAAGAAAAAACUAAGUGCUGCCGAACGAAGGGAACAAGAAAGACAGAAAGAGCGCGAAAUACGUGAGAGAGAAGAGGCCUUGGCGAGUAAUCAAUUGCCAAAUUCAGUUGACCAAUUUGACAGAUUAGUUAUGUCAAGUCCCGAUAGUUCUGUAGUCUGGGUACAGUACAUGGCUUAUCAUUUGCAAGCAACUGAAGUAGAAAAAGCACGAGCGGUGGCUAAGAGAGCGAUUAAAACAAUUAAUUUUCGAGAAGAGAAUGAAAAAUUGAACGUUUGGCAGGCUUGGCUGAAUUUAGAGUCAAGAUUUGGCACACUUGAAUCAUUGAAUGAGGUUUUCCAGGAAGCAGUGAGAACUAACGAUGCUUUCAAAGUAUAUACUCAUAUGUUAACGUUACACGCCGAUGCUAAUAGACAAACAGCACUGGACAAAACGAUUACAACAAUCACAGGAAAGUUCAAACAAAAUCCACAAGCUUGGAUUGAGUCUGGAAUUGCAUUACUGAAAAUGGGGCUCAAAGAUAGAUCGAGACACAUCAUGCAGAGAGCUUUGCAGUCGUUGCCAGCACACCAACAUGUUGACUUAAUGGUAAGAUUUGCUCAGUUGGAAAACAAAUAUGGAGACAAGGAGAGGGCACAGACUUUAUUUGAGAAAAUUCUAAGCUCAUACCCCAAACGAGUCGAUGUAUGGUCUGCGUACGUGGAUGCCUUAAUCAAAUCUGCGGACAUUCCCAUUGCCCGACAAGUUUUGGAAAGAGCAGCAGCCCAAACGCUACCAGCUAGAAAAAUGAAAACAAUAUUCAAGAAGUACAUUGCAUUUGAAGAACAGCAUGGUACAGCGGAAAAUGUAGUCAAUGUGCAAGAAAUGGCUCGCAAUUACGUUGAAAAUCAAUCUCAGUAAACAUAUGUAAAAUUAUUGCUCGUGAAUAAGGCGAGAGUGACAAAUAAUAACGUUGAAAAUACAGUGGGAUUAUAAUCAA